AUGAUCCGAACAGCUACACGUUUUGCUCAAAAUGCAAAGAGUAUAAGAAUCUCCAGACGUUACCAAACUACGUUGACGUUUUUCACAAAGGACACUUGCAUGUUAUGUACCAACGCAAAACAAAUUUUGCACGAAACUUUGCAACAGCCUGAGCUUCAAGACACUCCAAUUAAGUUGAAAACAAUAGACAUUAUGAAGGAAGAGAAUGCCGAGUGGUUUGAUAUCUAUUGCUACGACGUGCCCGUUCUUCAUGUUGAACGCCCUGGGCAACAGAAACCCGUCAAGUUCAUGCACUAUUUUGACAAAAAGAAGUUGAUGGAAGAAUUUUUGAAGACGGAAAAGCGGAUAUAG